UAGUCUAUUCAUAACAGCAGGGAAGAAGCUAUUCUCGAACCUGCUGGUGCGUAUGUUCAAGCUUCUGUACCUUCUGCCUGACGGAAGAGGUUGUAGGAGAGCAUUACCAGGGUGCAAUGGGUCUUUGAAGUUGGCAGCCUUCCCACAGGACUGUCCCCAACAAACACUUCUGCAGUACAUGUUUCUUAUCUGUCUGGCUCAGUCAUUGAGCUGGUGGGUGAGUUUGGCGAAGAAGAGGAAUUUCUGGACUGAGCUAGAAUACAGACUUGCUGUGGAGGAAAGCACCUGAUUCAGUGAAGAGAAGCUAGGACUACUGGGGUCUGGGUAUCUGGGAUUUAGGAGAGGUUGGGAAGGAAAUCCUGUCGACCCUGGUCCUGUCUAACAGGUACAAUAUAUCUACUUGAAGAAAGACUGCAUGGAUGAACCACAAUGCAGACCAAGGGUGUACUGGAUAGAAUCUCUCAAAUCCAGCCCAAACUCAUUUUUUCAGUUGAAGCAGUUAUUUACAAUGGUAAAGAACACGAUCACAUGGAGAAGCUGCAGAAUGUAGUGAAAGGUUUACCAGACUUGAAGAAGGUUAUAGUAAUUCCAUACGUACGAUCAAAAGAGACCAUAGACCUUUCCAGGAUACCAAACAGCGUGUUUCUGAAUGAUUUCCUUUCCACUGGUAAGGAAGGAGACCAUGGUCCACAGCUGGAGUUUGAGCAGCUGCCAUUCAACCAUCCACUCUUUAUCAUGUAUUCUUCAGGCACAACAGGGGCACCGAAAUGCAUGGUACAUUCAGCUGGGGGCACGCUCAUCCAACAUCUAAAGGAGCACAUUCUCCAUGGCAACAUGAGCAGCAAUGAUGUCAUUAUCUACUACUCUACAACUGGCUGGAUGAUGUGGAACUGGCUUGUAUCAGCUCUUGCUACAGGAGCCUCCAUCGUCCUGUAUGAUGGCUCUCCACUUGUUCCUUCUCCAAAUGUGCUGUGGGACUUGGUUGACAAGCUGGGAAUUACUAUACUUGGAACUGGUGCAAAAUGGUUGGCUGUUUUAGAAGAAAAAAAUCUGAAACCAGGCGAAACUCACAGUCUGCAGACUCUACAUACCAUUCUGUCAACUGGGUCUCCUCUCAAACCUCUAACGUAUGAUUAUGUCUACAAACACAUCAAGAACACUGUCCUGCUAGGAUCAAUCACAGGUGGUACAGACAUCAUUUCAUGUUUCAUGGGCCAGAACUUCACCAUCCCAGUCUACAGAGGAGAGAUACAAGCAAGAAAUCUAGGAAUGGGUGUGGAAGUUUGGAAUGACGAAAGGAAAGUUCUGUGGGGGGAAAGUGGAGAGCUGGUGUGCACUAUACCCGUUCCGUGUCAGCCUACACAUUUCUGGAAUGAUGAAAGUGGCAUCAAAUACCACAAGGCAUACUUUGCUAAAUUCCCAGGUGUUUGGGCCCAUGGUGACUAUGCCAAGAUAAACCCAAAGACUGGAGGAAUUGUAAUGCUUGGCCGAAGUGAUGGCACUUUGAAUCCAAAUGGAGUGAGAUUUGGAAGCUCUGAAAUCUACCACAUUGUUGAAGCCUUUGAGGAGGUGAUGGACAGUCUGUGUGUCCCACAGUACAACAAGGAUCGUGAAGAAAGAGUCAUUCUUUUCUUGAAAAUGGCCAACAAUCAGGUUUUUACAGCAGAUCUGGUGAAGAGGAUACGAUAUGCCAUUCGAGUGGCUUUAUCAGCUAGACAUGUACCUGCCUUUAUCCUGGAAACUAAAGAUAUUCCAUACACUAUUAGUGGAAAGAAGGUGGAAGUGGCAGUGAAGCAGGUUAUCGCUGGCAAGGAUGUGAAGCAGCGGAGUGCCUUCUCAAAUCCAGAUUCUCUCGACCUUUACAAGAACAUUCCUGAACUCCAGAACUUCUGAAUGUUUUAUGUAUUUAUGUGCAAAGUAACUUCUAUUUAACAGAAUAGCAGUGUCACAGGAAAGAGGUUUAAUGCAGUUUUAUGUUUGAUUAUGUUUUUCUAUGCUCCUUUAGUAUAGAAUAUACUUUUAAACCUAAACUGACAAUAGUACAGUCUAAUAUAGCAGCUUUAUACAAACCUGACAUUUGAAACAUUGACAGGAUCUGGUGUAACACAGAUGUUACUCUCCAUUGGAAUAAAUGGAAUGUAAUUUUGUGUAAGGUGUAAAACCAGCAUUCCACCCAAGCAUGCAGAAUUCCAGGGUAUCAUUUCCUGAUUCAGACAGUCACCCGUUCGAUGCAGACGUUUGCUUUAGAAACAGACUUUCUUGGAAUGUGAGUAAUCCUUUACAGACAUGAAAUGUAACAAAGGCCGACAAAGAGACCAAGAUGCUGUAACUUAUAUUUGAUCUUUUAAGUUAAUUUGAACUUAAUGGAUAAACUUUUUUAUUGAGCAUCAAAUUAUUAAUAUCAUGAAUAGAAUGUUUUGUUUAACUGUACUGGUGUUAUGUGACCUUUUUAAUGGAAAUAAUUUCAUACUGUAAAGCACAGUAGACUUGCACUACAAAUUUUUAUGUUGCAUGCCAUUUGUUUCAUUGUGUACGAUCUCUGUAGCACAAUGCAAGGCUGCUUUUAGUUUGGAGGGCAUGGUUUAUCUGGGAGAAAAAUGUUAAUUUAACUCUGCGAUGGCCUCAGCAAACAAUGUGAAAAUGAAGUAUAGCACAUCAGUAAUGUCCUUGGUUUUGCCUUUUAACAUUGGGAAGUUCAGAAUAUGUUUGAAAAAUGUCUGCUUGUUUGUGUCUCAUUAGAAUAUUUCCUCAUGCAAAACAACAGGGGCUGUGCUGGGCUUGAAUUCAGGGUCCCCACAUUGUUAAAGAUGAGCUUACUUUUGGAAUGCCAUAGGCAGUAGAGCUUGUUUGUAUUGUACAUUUUUGUAUUGCUUGUUUGUAUUGGUGCAUGAUCUUCUAAAAUUUGCAAGUCUGUCCAUCUCCAUGGCUACAAUUCCAAUAAUCGAUGUACACAAUGCAUUUUAUAUUAGCUGCAUAUGUUUUAAGUAUGAACCCCUGUAAAUUGUACGUUCCUUUGAAAAUAAAAUUUAAUAUUACAAUCCA